UGACUCCUUAGAAACAUGUUGGAUCAAACUCGCAGUGAGACCAGAGGAAGCCAGUUUCUGUCAGCAGGGAUCAACUCCGGCAGUAAUGGCUUUUUUAUCACUGAUCCCAGGCCACCAGGAGCAGUGCACAAGAAGAACACGGUGAAGGAGCUGCUUAUGAUAAGCCGCCAGAAAAGGAGCUACUUGCAGGAUGACAACUCAGAGCAUAAAUGUAAAUCACCCAAAUUUGAAGCCUCUGACACAACUUUUCAUGUGUUGAGUCCUCCAGCCCUAGUGAACCCCAAUAUCACUACUCAUUUCCCCCCUGCUGCACCUGAAAACUGCCACAUCACCCCACAACAUAUGCAACAUGCAGCUCUGCAGGGACAAAUGGCUCCGACUGGUGAAGUCAAAAUGACUUUGUUUCAAUGGCAAAUACAACAAGAGGCACAGAGAGUUGAAGGACUUUCUCCUGAGCUGAUGAACAUGCAAGAUGCAGAUGGUGACACAUUUCUUCACAUAGCAGUGGCACAAGGUAAAAGGGCUCUGGUAUAUGUGCUCGCUGCAAAAAUGGCGAGAAGUGGCUCACUGGACAUGAAAGAGCACAACGGGCAGACACCACUUCAGAUAGCAGCUGCCACCAAUCAGCACUUAAUUGUCCAAGACCUGCUGCUGCAAGGAGCAGAAAUCAACACAAGAGACCUCUGGGGCCGCUCUCCUUUGCAUGUGUGUGCUGAGAAAGGCCAUUUUCUUAGUCUUCAGAGCAUCUGGAGGACAAUGUUAGGAAGUGGGCGACCAAUUGAUAUAGACAUGUUCAAUUAUGAAGGUUUAACGCCGCUUCAUGCAGCCGUCCUGUCUCACAAUGCUGUCGUAAAAGAGCUGAGGAGUCUGGAAAAUACUUGUUCACAUAUGACAGUGGACCUGGCACAGAGGAGACAGAUGUACGUUCAGUGUACUAAGACUCUGCUGCUCAUGGGAGCCUCUUUUGGGAUGAAGGAUCAGAAAAGUGGGCGGACGUGUCUUCACAUAGCUUCAGAAGAGGCAAAUGUGGAGCUAUUGAAUAUUUUCCUUGAACAGCCAUCAUCACUGACUGUUGUGAAUGUUAAGACGUUCAGUGGAAACACGGUCCUGCAUAUUGUCAGCUCCUUGCAAAAUCAUAAAACUCAGGUGGAAGCCGUGAAGCUGCUGAUGAGGAAAGGAGCCGACCCCGGGGCCAGAAACUUUGAAAAUGAACUGCCGUCUCAGCUGGUGCCUGAAGGACCCAUUGGUGAAAAGGUGCGGCAGAUCCUGAAAGGGAAAAGUGUUCAUGCUUAAGUGAGCUCAAAAACACUGUCAGUCAGACAGUCAAGUCUAUCAUGAUAUUAUUUGCCUACACAGGGCAGAUGCUGGUUGUUUCAGUGAAACAUGUCUACAUGUUCAUUACCAUGUAAUGCUCAAAAAGAAAAUGAAGCUAUGAUUUGUGUUUUUUGUGUAUGUUUUAACUCUUACUGUUUUACAUUAGAUACAUUAGAAAUGCUAUACAAGGAGAAAAUGAAAAUGUUGUGUGUGUUAAAUGUUUUGGAUCUUGCAAUUAUUGUUCAGACUUUCUCAAUAUUUAGGGAGACUUUAAUCAUGGGUUUCAAAGUCUUUUCUUUUGGAAUGAAAAAUUGUAAUGAAAUCAUUUGAAGAGGUGUAACUUUUACCUUUUUUUAAAAAAAAAAAAGUAUAUUUCUGUUAGUAGUUAGUUAGCGUAUCAUAUGUAGAAACUGUGGGUUAUUUUAAACUCAUUUUGGAGUUAAAGCACAUUUUAUUGUCAAAAAAUGAUUUUGUGAUGUUAUAUCAUGUCGUCUAAAUGUUCAUUUUUAGGGUUGACAGUUGACACAAAAUUUCGGGGUCUCAAAAGUGAAAAUAAAGUAUAUUAUGUAGAAAACUUUGA